CCGUAGGAAAACGUCACAAAUGCCCGGAUGUCCGCCAUCUUGGAAGGAAUCGUACGUGAAGUGGUUUUCUUUCGAGUUUUGGGCGCAGGUUUCUCAUUAUUUACUCCGGGCAGCAUCAUCUGAAUAACAAUGGGUGAUCUGGACAGACAGCUGGACUGUGCCUUAGACUUGAUGAGAAGGCUUCCACCGCAAGAAAUUGAGAAGAACCUCAGUGACCUUAUAGACUUGGUACCGGAUUUGUGUGAAGACCUCCUGUCGUCCGUGGAUCAGCCCCUCAAAAUCGCCCGUGACAGCUCGGCAGGCAAAGACUACCUUCUGUGCGACUACAACCGAGAUGGGGAUUCCUACAGGUCACCGUGGAGCAACAAGUACGACCCGUCGCUUGAAGACGGAGCUGUCCCUUCGGACAAGCUGCGCAAACUGGAGAUAGAAGCCAACAUUGCCUUUGAUACCUACAGAGACUUGUACUUUGAAGGGGGCGUGUCUUCCGUCUACCUGUGGGAUCUGGACCACGGCUUUGCCGGGGUCGUCCUGAUCAAGAAGGCUGGGGAUGGGUCGAAGACCAUCCAGGGAUGCUGGGAUUCCAUUCAUGUGGUUGAGGUCCAGGACAAGUCAAGCGGCCGCAACGCACACUACAAGUUGACGUCCACUGUCAUGCUGUGGCUACAGACCAACAAGAGUGGUUCGGGGACGAUGAAUCUGGGCGGGAGCCUGACGCGACAGGCGGAGAAAGAUUCUGCCGUGAGUGAGGCCACGCCCCACAUCUUCAACAUCGGCAAAAUGAUUGAGGAAAUGGAGAACAAGAUGAGGACUACGCUCAAUGAAAUCUACUUCGGAAAGACAAGAGAUAUCAUUAACGAUUUAAGGAGCGUGGGAAGCUUAAACGCCAAGGGUCAACAACAGCAGCUAGCCAAGGAAUUGUUACAAAACCUCCAGAGUCGCCAAAAAUAGGUGCGUCAUCCCUCCUAAACCAGCAUCGUCCUUGCGAUUUAUGUUAUUAUACUCGAUAGGUCUCUAAGAGAAGGGGGAUAUUAGGGUGGAGUUUCAGAAAGGGGAGGGGUUUAUGGAUAUGAAUAUGCAUUGGCUAUCACAUUUGUGCACAGACAGUGAGGGCGCUAUUGAUCAACAUUGGUGAACACCCAAUUAUUUUUUUGAGGUAUGAUUUUUUUAUGCAUACGCUUCGUUUUCAACAGAUGUUAAAUUGCCGACACUGAAUACAUGUUUCUGUUGGUUUAAAACAAUUCAGAGGGGAUUUUAUCAAAUUUUCAAACAGUUUUGGAGCAAUUUUGGGUUUGGAAGAUAUAUAUUAGUUGUUUCAUGAAAGGCUUGUAUUUAUUCAUUUUUUAUAUACACAUACCCCACUGUCACAUGAAGGCUAAAGUUUCACUAUAAAAAUUGUAUUUACCUGUAGGAAUAUGAGAGAAAAAAUUGGCAGUAGAACAAAUGAUUUAGAAUUCAUUCCAAGCAUUGAAAACGAUACUUCUUUUAAAAUUUACAUUUUUGAGUAAAUUUUUUUUUCGUAAUGCCUUUCAAUUGCCUUUUACAGGCUUGCAAAAAAAAAUAUGGUUAAUUGCAUUACUAACUCGUUAUUAAAGCCUUGUGUUUAUAUUAUUAACCGUGUAAAUGUAGAAAGGAAAAAAAAAUCAUGUGAUUUGAAGAUCGUUUUUUGUUUACCAAAAAAAAUAUGGAUUAAGAAAGUGGAUAUUUAGUUUAAUUGUGUAUUUUGCGCUCUCGAUCCUAGAGUAAAAUCGUUUCCUUUUUUUUUUUUGGAUGAAAAUUGCAAUGGAAAAAAUUAUGGCAUGUGUAGGUCUAUAUUUCUUCCAAAUGAGGGAAAGUGGUACAAAAAAAAUAUAAUAUUGCUAGUAUCUUGCAGGAAAACCAAUGAGGAAAUAUACAUGUACUGGUAUUGUAACCCAUUAUGGCCUUAUGAAUGACUUUUGGUUACUUAUACUACAUGUACUGCACUUUAUGAUAAAGCGAACGACAAGUUCCAAUUUUGCACUGUAUUUCAAUGCGUUGUAAAAUGUGUUGCAUGUUUCUUGCAAAGACUUAAGUUUGUUAACCCUUGCGUUGAUUGAGGGCUUACACAUGCUUUUAUAUUGUUGUUUCGGCUUCAAUUUCAUUGCAAUGCGCAGAUCAUGAGAGUUUUUGAAAAAAAAAAGAAACAUUCGCUUUACAAUGAAUUAAGCAGUACAAAGAUUCAGCAAAAAUAUUGCAAAAACAUUUCUUGAAGAAAAACUGUCCCAACACUAAAACAAAUUCAUUUUCACUGCAGUUGUAUUUUAAGCAGAACACUUCUGCUGAAAUUUACAUUAAUUUUGAGACCUACUUUUGAAUAGUGCCGUGCAAACUGGUCCUGUAGUUUUGGGGUCAGAUACGAAACAAAUCUUUCAGAUAAUGCACGACAAAUUCCGACACCUUUAUUUUCUGUAGUAAAAGGCUUUUUAAACUUUGCAAUGUCAACUUACUAUUAGGGCUGUUCAUUUCGGAUAAUUCAGUAUCUGUUUACUCGAAACUGCGUUCGACUGAAUAUUCGGAUAUUUGAAACUGCCACCUGUAGGUGCGUGCUGCGCUGGUAAAUAAUUGCAUGCAGAGCGCGUGAAAAUUUGCGUGCGGCGAUCGAUAUGGGGCACUGGAGUGUUUUGCAGCAAGUAGUUUAUAAAGUUCCGUCAAGGGCUUUAACCUGCUGAAAGGAUGUGAACAAUGUACCGUCGUUGACAAAAAAAGUUACUGUCGACAAAAAAGUGGCAUAAAGCGUUGCAACUUUACGAUAAUAUAGCAUCACAGUCGUGUGUAUGUGUGUAGUUGUUUUUGUUUUCAAAUAUUUGGUUGAGGCUCGAAUAUUUGACUAUUCGGUAUAUUUAGGACGGCCCUACUUACUAUACAUUUUCUGUUAUGCGUACCACAUCUCGGAUUCGGUUAUGGGUUAAAUUUCUUUUGCGUUGCAGUGUAGGGUUUAAAUAUUCACAGAGCAUUUUGCGAUAUGUAACAUUGAUUUUUGUAAAAUACAGUCGAGUCUCGUUAAUACCAACUCGUUCGGACCUAGCCAAGUUGUUUGUUAUAUCAGAAUUUUGUAUUAAGAGGAACAUCAGUCCCAUUCAUUGUGUACAUAAAUGCACAGUCGGGACCAAGGCUUUAUGUUUGUUAUAACCAGAAUUUGUAUUAACAGAGUUUGUACUAACGCGAGUCGACUGUAACGGUUACACUUUCCCAACAUCAGGGCUGUAGAAACUGUAAAAUAUUGCUUUUUUUUUUAACUCUGUGUUUUUUUUGCCGAUAUACUAGCCUGUUUAUUGUAGCAUUACGCAUUUCAAAAUGGCUACUUUGUGCAAGAUAAACAAGUCAUUGUAGAUUCUGCCAACAAAAUCUAUCCGAAACUUUGCAAAUUUUCAACAAUUUAUGUAAAAUUGUAAUAUCGUUUGCGUUUUAAUUUUUGCAAAAUUUAGUUUUUUAUUUGAAGUAUCUUUCAGAAAGAUUCCUGUAAUAAAUAUUAUGAGUGUAAAAAAAAAACAGCAAUGACAACAAGGAAAAUUUGAUGACGUUUUGCAAAACUGUUUUGUUUAAAAAAUUUUCAUGUUACUCAAAAAAAGAGUCAAAUGGGAUGACAACUUUUUGUUAUAAAUAAAGGAAAGCAAACCAAA